AUGUCGGCAAACAUGAAGCAGAAGGCCGUGAAGACUGCGAAGACCGCCACCACCUAUACGCUGAAGACGGCCAAAGGGAUGCGCGACUACGAGCCCCACCAGUUGGCGGUCAGGGAGCGGGUGUUUGGCAUUAUCAACGACUGCUUCAAAAGACACGGCGCCCUCCAGAUCGACACACCUGUCUGUGAGCUCAAGGAGACGCUGACCGGCAAGUAUGGCGAGGACUCCAAACUCAUCUACGAUUUGGCCGAUCAGGGCGGCGAACAGUUGGCGCUGAGGUAUGACUUAACGGUUCCCUUCGCGCGAUAUUUAGCCCAAAACAAGAUCACGACAAUGAAGAGGUACCAAAUCGCCAAAGUCUACCGCAGGGACAACCCCUCCAUCACCAAAGGCCGCUUCAGAGAGUUCUACCAAUGCGACUUCGACAUCGCCGGUGCAUACGAUCCGAUGCUUCCGGACGUGGAGUGUCUGAAAAUUGUAUCGGAAAUCCUAACUAACCUUCAAAUCGGA